AAAUGCUUAGAAGCAUGCACAAAUAUAAAUUAUGAACAUAGAAGGUAUACUAUAUAAAUAGUUCAUUCAAACUUACCAUCUUUCAUCCAUUAUCCAAAUUCAAUCCAAUCUCAUCAAUCAUUUUGUAUAUAUCAACUAAGCUACUAUAUAUAUAAUUCCCAAUAACAAAAAAAUCAUCUAAAAUGGUUUUUGGCUCCACAAAUGACUUCGACUUCCCUCAUUUCUCACCGCCACCACCCUUUCAUCCACACCCUAAUCCACCCCCGCCGCCCACCCCAAUCAUCCCACCACCACCCUCUCCGGACCCCCACCAUCCAACAGUCAUCAUAUUCGUCGUGAUCAUCUCAUGCAGUUGUCUCUUCUUACUAGGAGCCCUAUUCGUAAGCAUUUGGUGCUUCAUCAAAAAGCAAAGGAAUAGAAGGAAAAGUGUUCAUGAGAGGAAGGAUAUAGAUGUGGAUGAGCAUUUGAAAGUGCAGGAAAUGAUCGUGCCCGGGUGUUGCGGGCCGAAGAAGGUGUUGGUAUCGGUGGAGGACGAUGUACGUGUACACGAGGAUGUUCACGUCAAGAGUGAGUUAAAUAUGACGGGUAAAGGUGGUUUAGGCUUACGAGAGGGUGGUGGUGAGGGAAGUAGUGUGCAUCAGCUUACCCAACCUGAGAGCCAAGUUUGAUAAAAUCUACGACACUAUUGUUGCAGAUUAUUGCAUGUACGUUAUACGUAAAUGCAAAAUAUCUCGUGCAACCGUUGUAAAUUUUAUAGAUGUGGUCUUACUAAACCAAUAUCAACCAAUAUUAAAAUGUUACCUGUAUUUUAAACUAAUAAAAUGGUUAUUAGUACAUAUGCGUGUACACUCUCUCGAGUUAUUAAGUUAAUUGAAUAGUUUGAUGUA